UUUUUUUUUCUUCUUCUUUUUCUUCGUUUCUUUUUAUAUAUAUUUUAUACGUAUUACUAUGUCAUCUAAUAAAUCUCUACGAGUAUUUAGUCCAGUGGUUAUAUUUGAUGAUACUACCCGUAAAGAUGAAUCAUUUCAAGGUGCCAAGAUUGAAGAAUACAAAGAAAAAAUUAUGAAAAUGAUGGAAAGAAAUGCAAAAUUGUGGUCUUCAAAAGUCAUCGAUGAAGGACAGCUGGAUAUCAGCGUAUCUCCCAGUACAAGUACCACCUCCACCACUUCAUCUUCGUCUAUUAGUUCAAGUGAUAGUAUUGAUACCAUAGACAGUACACAAAAUCAUUCAUCAUUAUUAUAUACAUCUGCUUUUCAUUCUGUCGACAAAAACAAUACCAAGAUGCCUCCACCACUGUCACUAUCUUCAUCAUCUCCAUCUCCUACUCUUUUAGCUCCUAGUUUAUCAGCAAUAUCAACGUCAGCUUCUACACCUUUACCAGUCAAUGGACAAAAAAAAAGACGAAGAGGAAACCUACCCAAAGAAGUCACGGAAUUCUUGAAACGAUGGCUGGUCCAACAUAAAAAACAUCCUUAUCCUUCUGAAAAAGAAAAAAUCGAUUUAGCCCGCCAAACUGGUCUUACCGUCAAUCAAAUCAGUAACUGGUUCAUCAAUGCACGUCGUCGUAUUCUGCAGCCCAUGUUGGAAUCCGAAGGUUUACAAGCACAUCUUUUAUCUUAUUCUUUUUCUCCAGCAGAUCACCAACAACAACAACAACAGCUUCAACAAUAUCAUCAUAUUGAACGAAAUCAAUCGCCUACUACCAAUCUUUCUUUGAUGGAACAAAAGAAACGUCGACAAUUGGAUAUUUAUGCUUAUCAAGGUUUUGCAGAAUCUUAUCCUGAUGAUACAAGACGAUGGGCCUUUCGAAGAACCAAAUUACCCAAUUUUGACACGGAUGAUUGUUACUCUGUGGCCAUCAGGUGAAUUCCAUUAUUCUUUCCUUUUUUUUUUUUUAUUUUCAAUUUGAUUUAUAUAUUUAUAUUUACAUAUGUUGUGUUGUGUUUUUCUCCUUUUUGUAUCUGAUGAUAUAUAUAUAUAUAUUUAUAUAUAUACUACGAUUUUCCUUUUUUGUCUCUCCCUCCACUUUACAUAUAUCAUUUUCAUCCUUCUACAUAUUUUUUUUUUUUUACCUGUCCCUUUUCCUUCUUUUAGAUAAUUAGCUUCUUACUGUUUACUCCAAUUGAUGUAACUCUUUUUAGGCAUGGAAAAAAAGAAGAGUAACAUUUUUUUUUUUUUUACUUUUGUAUGGUCAUAUUACUUAUUUACUCUUCCCCUUAUCACCACUAUGCCUUAUUGAUAUUUUUUUACCAUGAUCCUUUUU